UUGAGAACCCAUCGUUGCAGCCCUGUACGCUCUGUAUAGAAAUAAAUUUGUUGAUGGAUUUAUUGCGGCCCCUUAAGCGAGCUAGAAUCACUUUAGCUAGUUAGGCGACGGGACUUCGACCAGGACAAAUUCCGGAAAACUCAGAAGCCAGAAAAGAGGUCCUCCGAACGGGGAAAAUGCAAAGUGAAUUCUGGGGCAAAACAAAAACUGCUGACAUGUGCAACGUAGCAUGGAAAAGGGGGCUGCUUUGCUGGGACUGCUUGCGGGCAAGUGGUCAAAGGACCUGGAUGCCCCUGUUCCUGCUCCUGGCACUCAUCCUAAUCGCUAGCUCCUCAGCCGCCGAACCCCUGAAAGUCAUAUACGCCGUUAACGCUGGCGGAGAUGAGCACACCGAUCUAAAUGGCGUCCAAUACGAUGCGGAUCCUUUGAAGGGCAUUGGGAUCGCUUCGGAUUACGGCAAACACCUGCUGAUGAUUGGCCGGGUGCAGGAACAGGACGAGGUGCUCUACAGGACCGAACGCUAUCACACCACCACCUUUGGCUAUGACUUACCCAGCGAUGGCGAUGGAGAUUACGCCCUGAUAAUGAAGUUCUGUGAGGUUUACUUCGAUGCGCCGCAGAAGAAAGUAUUCGAUGUGCUCCUCAACCGAAAGCACGUGGUCGUCCGGCAACUGGACAUCUACAACCAGGUGGGCAGGGGCUCGGCCCACGACGAGAUCGUGUACUUCAAGAUCAACAAUGGUCGAUUAAACUACGAGGGCGAGGUAUCCGAUGUGCGGAAUGGUCGCCUGCGACUCGACUUCAUCAAGGGAGCCCUGGAUAAUCCCAAGAUCAAUGCCUUCGCCUUGCUCAAAGGAGAUGUGAGCCAAGUCGCGCGACUGCAUGGCACUGAGGCGAGUGAAAGGAUCAAGCCGGAGGGCAAGCAAAAUGCCGAACAGAAGCCAGGACAGGUGGAGCGGGUGGUGCGCAACCAGCGGGAGGAUAUCGAUGAGGAUGACGAGGAUCUGGACGACGAGGAGUUUGAGGAUGAGGUGGCCGAUCAGCAGCAGCACAAUGAUCAGCUGGGCAGCGAUCAGUUGUCACAGCAAUCGUCAGACUCCAAGCGAUCAUAUAGCGGGCCACGUCAGCCCAAUCCGUACUCCAUGGACGACUCCUCCAUCCUGUUGCCGGUCUUCAUCGCCAUCGGGGCCUUCAUACCGCUGCUGUUCUGCCUCUGCAAGCUGUGAUCCCAAUCCCAAUCACCCGUCGCCCACUCAACGAUCUCGGCCUGCGUUGAUUUCCUGCUUUGUGAUUUUGUGAUUUUGAUAAAAGACUUUAUUGUAUACUUAUCGUUUAGUUCGUACAUUAGGCAUACCCUAGAGAUCAAUUCCCUGGAUCCCAAGACGCACAGCUCUCUCUCUUUCUCUCUCUCUCUCUCUCGCUCUAUCACCCUGUACUUUCCAUAUUUUAUAAGAAUUUUUUUCAUGUUCCUUUGGUUGACCACUGCCGCCACAGGCUCGGGUACUUAAUCGUUGAGUCACUUAAUUUAUAUUCUCUGAUCCGUUGAUCGCUUGUCUCGGGGAUGUGCGCACAAAUUGUAAGCCGUUUGCAGGACAGUUUUGCUUGGAAACUGCUAAUUUUGAAUGAAAUUAAAUAAAAGAAACUUUGUUUGUUAUUGAACAAAA